AUGGCCAGCAACCAGAACCAGUGGCCUAACUGGCGUCGCAACUACUGGUUUGUUUUAUUGGGCCUGUCACCAGCUGAUGGGCAAGAUAUGGCGGCAAUGAACCCGAUGCCCCCAAAUUAUCGUUCGGCGCCAUCUAAUACCGCUUCUGACCCUGCCCAGGAGCAGCAGAUGGGAAGUGCGAUGGGACCCAUUCAUCCUCCUCCGGGUGGAUUCGCCGGGCCUUCCGAUCCGGCUAUGGGUCCGACAACGGGCCCCGCGAAUGGUGCCGCCGGACAGCAGAUACCACAAAGCAUGCCAAAAGUUGUCGAAAGUGGCGGAAAACCGGAAUCGGUCACACUCUCCCCGUCUUCCCGGGCUUCUUCAUCGACCCCCCAGCCGUCUGCGCCCCAGGCGACUAUUAAGAAGCGGACGCCGCUUCCGAAUGCCCCAACCAAACGCCCUGCGCAGAAUUCGAGCGCGACUCAAGACGCUGGGCAUCCCUCAACCCCAGCCCCGAAUCAACCUGCGACUUCGGCUUCGGCCCCCGCUCCUGCUGCCGUUCGACAUCCCGCACACCCAGCGGCAGCGGCAGCGGCGGCGGCAGUCGCACCCGCCGCUCAGCAGCCUCAGCGGCAAAUCUGCAGGUGCAACUGGUGUAUGAAGAAGCAUCAUGGGGGUAGGACGCUGGCAGCGAAGACGGUGAAGGAGCACAUGCGUGCUCAAGAAGUUGAGCGAAUCGGAAGCCCGCAGGAAGCACAAUGCGAAAGGUGCGCCAAGGGCCAUCACGAAUGCAUCAUCAAGGGCGCAAACAGCCCAUGUAGCGUCUGCAUGCGUAUGUCGGAGAAGUGUUCCUUCACCGGCUCAUCUGUUAGGGUGCGGGAGAUGGAAAAGCGGGCGCGUCUAGCCCAGCAGCAAGAGGAGCAAGCUCUGGCGGCUGCUGCUGCUGCUGCUCACCAGGCAGAUCAGCAGCCAGAGCAAGAGUCAACUCCCGAAGAAGAAGGGGCUGUCAACGAAACCCCCAAUGGUACGGUGGUGCUCGGGCAACAGGCACAGCAGCCUGUGGUAAACGGCGAGGAGGAGGAGGAGAACGACGACGAGGACGACGAUGAAGAAGACGAAGACGACGGUCCUGGGAGCAGGAGCUCGGCGUCCGAAUCGAAGCCCUGGGCCUCGAGCAUGUCACCCCCUCCCGCCGAGGAUGACUCGGUGCCCGAUCUGAAGAGGCGCCGUGUUGAGAGUCCUCCAGCUGCUGAGACCACGGACAGCUGA